UGACGCACAGUCAGCUGAUCUGUGGCUCUAAUUCUAGCAGUUGACCUUUGCUGCGGAACACAGCCCUGAAAUUGGUGCGUUUGGUCUUAAUUCGCGGAGCAGAUAUUUUUUAACUAUGGCAAGCCAGUCUCAGGGUAUUCAGCAGUUGUUACAAGCUGAGAAACGGGCUGCGGAGAAGGUCGCCGAAGCCCGUAAACGUAAGAACAGACGCCUAAAGCAAGCCAAAGAGGAGGCUCAAGCAGAGAUUGAACAGUAUCGUCUGCAGAGGGAAAAAGAGUUCAAGACCAAGGAGGCUGCGGCUCUGGGAUCUCAUGGUAACUCUGCUGUGGAGGUUGACAAAGAGACUCUGGACAAGAUGAGCUGCAUCCAGAAAAGUUACCAGCAAAAUCGGGAAGCUGUGCUGAACAACCUGUUGAAGAUGGUUUGUGACAUCAAGCCAGAGAUCCACACCAAUUACCGUGUUGCUGGUUAAAUAUGUCUCUGCCAUUUUCAGCAUAGCAUUGAAAACACAAGCAACACAGAUAAAAACUGGCAUUGUACAGCCAUUAAGAUGUUACAACUCCAUUAACAGAGCCAUACAUGUAUUAGAGCUAAACCAGUGCACACUCGUUGAUUCCCUUUGUGAAUAAUACAUGUGUGUGUAUCUCUGCAUCUUGCUAUACAAAGUGUUGUUUAUUUAUAAAUUUAAAAAAUGCAGUUGUUUUGUUUGACCAAUGCAUAAAACUGGACAUCUGAUUGCUUUUUUCUGUGGCCCGUUUUGUGUGACAAAUCUAUAUUGUCUACAAAUGUAAUUUUUUGUCAAUUUUGCUCUGUGACUUUGUGUUGUAGUCUUGGUGUGUAGCUGACAUCCUGCUGUUUGUACCAGCUGUGAAAAUGCAGUAAAUUGUAUUAAAUUGUUGUGUGUAUACAAGGA